CAGAAAAAUCCUUUGACGCAAGCAGCCGUAAGCACUCAGGCAAUCAGUGAUGUCUUUAUAUUUAUAUCCGCCAGUGAGGCCGGCACUUCACCACACAACAUAUACAUAAAAACAGCGCAGAUUUCUGGUUGUGAGAGGAAAGGAGAUAUGGCUGAGAGUAACGUGAAGGUAUUGGGUACAUGGGCAAGCCCGUUCGUGAUGAGGGUGAAAAUUGCCCUUCACCUCAAAUCUGUCCGCUACGAGGACGUGGAGGAAGAUUUGUUGGCACCCAAAAGCGAGCUUCUUCUCAAAUCUAACCCUGUUUACAAGAAAAUCCCGGUCUUCUUCCAUGCUCAUAACCCUAUCUGCGAGUCCCUAAUCAUCCUUCAGUACAUCGAUGAGGUUUGGACCACCUCUGCUUCUUCCAUCCUCCCUUCCGAUCCCUAUGAACGUUCCCAAUCCCGAUUUUGGGCUGCCUAUGUCGACGAUAAGUUUUUCCCUGCCUUAAGAAGACUGUUGAUAGGUGCAACGGAGGAAGAUAAAAAGGCAGCGUUGGCGGAAGUGGUGGAAGGGACGGUGGUGUUGGAGAGAGCGUUUGGAGAGUUGAGCAAAGGGAAAGCUUUCUUUGGUGGGGAUAAUAUUGGGUUUGUAGACAUAGCACUCGGUAGUUUGUUGGGGUGGAUUGAAGUGAUCGGGAAACAGUGUGAGAAGAAGCUGGUUUCGGAGGCCAAAACGCCUAGGUUGGUGCAGUGGGCGGAUUGCUUCUCCGCCCAUGAGGCGGUGAAGGAUGUUUUACCCGAUGUUGACAAACUGGCUGAUUUUGGGUUGAAGCUUAGAGCUAAGAUCUUGAAAGCUUUGGGUCGCACUAAUUGAAAUCGAUGUUUGGACAGUGUUCUACUUUCUUUCUCCUUAAUUUGUACUUUCGUCAUUGAGAGACUCUUGUCUUGGGUCUUAUGAUCAAUAAUAAUUUCCAUAAUUGCCUUCUUCCA